AUGGCGGCGGCGGCGAGGGCGGCGCUGCUGCCCCCCUCCUCCUCCUCCCCGUCGCCGCUGCUCCGCCUCCCGCACCGCUUCCUCUCGCUCACCGCGACUCCCUACCCUCUCUACUACGACCUCAUCGUGCACCGCCCCGCGGAACCCAAUCCCCCCAAAUCCUCCGCCUCCGACGCCGCCGGGGCCGACCGCCAGCCGCAGCCAGCAUCCGACGAGCAGCCGCUGGACCGCGCCAAGCGCCGGUACCUCCGCAAGCGCCGCAGCCGCCUCCUCCCCGACCCUGACGCCACCACCACCACCACCAAGCCCUCCUCCUCGUCGUCGGAAUUCGUCGAGCUCCGGCCGGAGGUGGUGGACUUCCCGCGCCUGCACGCGCGCGAGGAGGCGCUCUACUUCCACGACACCUUCGCUAUGCCGUGGGAGAAGGACAAGCACUACCGUAUGCUCUACCGCCUGGAGAAGAAGUACUUCCCCCACCAGUCGCUCGACAAUGCAUUCGUCUCUGCUGACGCUGCCCCGGCCUCCGACGCCGAUAGGUGCCUCGUCUUCUUCGACGACGAGAAGAAGGAAGAUGAGGGAGAGGAGCGGGUGGUCAGUAAGAAGGGCGGCGACAGCAACGACAAAGGGGAGGUGCUGGAGAGGAAGGUGGAAGACUUCUUCAGGUCUCUGAAGAAGGGCCCCGGCCAAGCCGGCAACAAGGACAAGAGACCGGGAGCGGAGCCGCGGCAGGUGAAGCGCGAGGUGCCAAGGGAGGAGGAGCGUCCGCAGCCGUACCUCGUCACCAGGACCACGGAGCUGCCGCCGAGGUGGGACGGCCCGGCCGGGACCGUCGUGCUCAUCGACAAGCCCAAAGGAUGGACUUCGUUUACUGUUUGUGGAAAAUUGCGGCGCUUGGUGAAAGUACAAAAGGUUGGACAUGCUGGAACUCUGGACCCCAUGGCAACUGGAUUGUUGAUUGUUUGUGUAGGAAAAGCAACCAAAAUAGUUGAUAGCUACCAAGGAAUGGUUAAAGGCUAUAGCGGUGUUUUCCGACUUGGAGAAGCCACAUCAACCUGGGAUGCAGAUUCACCAAUUAUCCAGAGGGAACCAUGGGAACACAUCAAAGAUGAAGAUAUUAGAAAGGCAGCAGCAUCAUUCAAGGGUGAGAUAUGGCAAGUUCCUCCAAUGUUUUCUGCCAUUAAGGUUGGUGGUGAAAAGAUGUAUGACAAAGCAAGGAGGGGUGAAACAGUAGAGCUUUCACCAAGAAGAAUAUCAAUAUACCAAUUUGAUAUUGAGCGCAGUUUGGAAGACAGACAGAAUUUGAUAUUUCGAGUUACUUGCUCAAAAGGAACAUAUGUUCGGUCCCUAUGUGCGGACUUGGGUAAAGCACUUGGAAGCUGUGCUCAUUUAACUGCCUUGCGGAGAGACUCAAUAGGUGAAUACUCGGUCAAUGAUGCUUGGAACUUCGAUGAGCUUGAGCAACAAAUCACCAAGGGGUAUUUAUGA